CUCAUUGGAUUGUAAACAAAAAUAGAUUCACAUGGUCCAGAGUGAACUCGGCAUUCGUCGUGUGCUCUAAAAUAUAGUUAUUAAAUCUGAAAUUAGUUACAUUUUGCAUUUGGAACAAAAAUGAUAGAUUUUUCAAUUUUUCCUCUGUAAAAAAAGAUGAGUAUCUCCUUUUGUAAACGUAUAUUUCCCUCAGGAGUUCAUGUUAUUAAUUCUAUUCGUUUUUGUCAACUGAAUGGUGAAUAUGCUCAGUUAAAACUCCGAAGCAUCAGUGCAGCAGCAUUUAGACUUUAUAGAUCUCAUCGUUCACGUUUCAGACCUAGCCAGAGAGAGUUGUUGUUUGCUGGAAUCCUUACAUGGCUUGGAUUCAAAGAAGAAAAAGAAGAUACCUUGAUAACAAUCAUGAAGAGAGGAAUUUUAUGCUUACAAAGAGAAGAAUAUGACAAAGCUGAGAACAUACUUCACUUAGCUCUCAAAAUCGCCCAAGAAAGAAAAGAUAUGGAUGCUCAAAGGUACGUUUUUGAUCUUCUUGCCAAUGUCGCAUUUGAGAAAGGUGAUUAUCCUAAAGCUGAAAAACUUUUUCUGCAAGUUUUGAAAGAGCUGCUUGCUAUUGGCAAACAGCAAACUGACAACGCUGUUAUUGAAAUUUCCCUUAAACUAGCUAAAAUAUAUAGCCUUACAAGUCAGUCAGAGAAAGCACUGUCCGGCUUUAAGUUUUGUAUGGAUACACAGGCAAAUAAAGUGAAGGAUAUUGACAUGUCUGAUGCACAAGAACUGUCUGAUAUAGACAAAGAUACUGUGCUAUUACAUGCUUGGAGCAUGGAAUGGUAUGCUAAAUAUGUUUUAGUUGCUGCUGGUUUGCUGAAAGAUGCUCUUCAAUAUUAUGAAAAAGCCAUUGACAUAUCUGAAAAAAUCAAUGGAACUAAUCAUCCACAAACAAUAACUCUUCUCAAUGAUAUAGGUACUGUACUUACUUCGAUGAAAGAUUAUGAAUCAGCUAUUACAAAAUUUGAGAAAGCUAUUCACAGUUCAAAAGAACUUGAUGACAAAAGUGAUGUUCCUGUCUAUUAUUUUAAUUUGGGAUGCUUAUUUACAAAUAUAGGUGAAAUAGACAAGGGAGAAAAGGCAUGCAAAAUGGCUCUGAAAUUAGCGAAGAAAAUGAAAAUUGAUAAAGCUAUUAAAGAAGCUGAAAUUUGUCUUGAGGACAUCAAAGAAAAGAGAUAUUUAUAAUUUUGAUCCUUCUGUGAUAAUUUUAUGCAUUACUUAAACUUAGACUUGUACUUUGUCCAAUAAAAGUAACAUUAUUCAAUUUUUAUCCGGUUACUCAACAUUAUUUUAU